AUGGUGACGGCCAUUUCAGAGAAAUUCAUGUCUCAGUUCGAGUCAGACAACUCCGCAAUAAUUCAAGGUCAGCAGAGAUUGCAACCGACUGUGGAUCAAUCCACUCCAUGGUCCUUGGGAGCAUUGAACAUCUACAUGUAUUUGGCAUAUAAGCAUAUUCAACCAAAUAGGGGUUGUGGUAUGGGUAGAAAUACACCAUAUAAGCCAUAUCAUCACUACACACAAGCAGCACUGCCAGUCCACAGCAAUUUCCGUAUUGACAAGUACUUGGUUAAUGUGAUGGCGGAUAUGAUCCACCAGCGAAUCUGUAUCAGUCUUUGGCCUGAGGGCCUUAAAAUAUUCAACACAGGCAGCCUGAAGGGUGCCAAAUUUUAUAUCAGGAAGGUCAAGGGCAUGUCGGCCUCUUGA